CUGCUGCAACUGUUGUCAAAAUUUGUUGCAACCAGCCUGCGCGCUGGUCUUGGCCAGAUUUGGUGACUUUUAGUAAACGGUCCUUCCGGAAUAAAGUGCCCGCUGCCUGGACUCUCGCGCUGAGGACAUCCGGUGGGAGAUUUGACGCGAGUGAAGGAAAAUUGAACUUUUGGUGGCGGAUUUUUGUUUACGUUGUUUGAGGAGGUUGGAAGCAGGAGCCGUUUCGGAAAGUGACAGUUCGACGUUUGAAAUUUCUCUCUCUGACACUGCCAGAACAUUAUUUUUCUACUGUAAAAGUGGAGGAGAAAAAGUUCUUCCAUCCAUGUUUGAUUUCUGCGCGAUAGAAAGGUGUGUUAUCGGAGGAAAAAGUUGAAUUGCGAGUCGGAAAUUAGUUCCGGAGUGGUGAAGAAUGUAAAAAUCUGUUCCGGGGUUUGUUUUGAACUCGUUGAAGUGUGAUUUGUGACCACUAUCGAAGGGUGGUACUCGGUUCCCGCAAGGGAAGGAUUAUAAUUUGAGGAAAAACAAGUUUCGCUGUGACAAAUGCAGAAAUGGAUGUCGAUUCGCCCAAUUCCCUGAAACGGUGCUCGAGCGCACCACACAUCAACAACCUGCUGCCGACGACGGCCGUCGGCCACCACCUCAGUCCAAUAGUGCCAAUGGAGGAAGGACAAUCACACCAGCCGGAAGACAAUCAAUCAGUGGAGUCCGCACAGAUCAAAACCGGCACUCUGCUGCAGCAGCACGGCCAGCAACAUCAGCAGCAGAACCUUGCCAAUUCCCAGCUACACAGCAUGUCUUCAUCCAGCACUUCCAGUUUGCAAGCCGCCGCCGCCGCUGCUGCCCCUCACCGCGAAUCCCCGCCGACUUCCUUCUCGAACAUCUUCGCGCCACGGGUUCGCCGGUUCUCGGCCAGCUUCAGCCCACUGGCGGUCAUUUCGAACGGCAGUUCCAGCCCAGUUCGAUCCGGAAGUUGCACACCCGGCCCACGGCUCACGCCCCGGAUAUCGCAGCUCCGCCAGGAGGAAUGUGCCGACCUGAGCAACAGCCGGGAGGUCAACCACGAGCGCGAGAUUCACUCCGCGAUGCAAAUGUCCCAGAGCUACGAAGAUCUGACGCUGGUCACCGAGAACUGGUCCUUUUCGUCGACCACCAACACCAAGCACAACGACGACCUGAUCAAUCCGCUGCAUGUCGCGCUGCCCUCGAUCGGCACCAACUACUGCUCUAGUCCUUCCCCGACCAGUCGCGCCGGUCUGGGGCUGCAGUAUCCGACGACGUCGCCCUCGCCCACGCGCAAGUACGUGACGCGCCGCUCGAUGUCGCCCUGUCCGAUCCGGCCCAGUCCGCUGAGCUCGGUGAAGCGCAAGUUCGACCUGGAGGGAGGCGGAAGCGGGGGCGAGGGAGGGAACAACUACGGCAACUGCUACUCGCCGCCGCCGCUGAAGAAGAUUUUCACCGGAGCGGACAGGGGAACAUCUCCCGUGUGCCAAACGCCCUCCCCGUCGCCGAUCUGUCCCAGCCCGGACUCGUCGACGGCUUCGUUCGAGAACGGCAGCAACAACGCUUCCAGCGGCAGCGGCCGAAUAACGCCCAAAUUCUUCGUCACCCGCCUGUCGGCAUCCGGCCAGCUGUUUGCCGGCAAUGGCAACGGUGGUGCACCACCGCCCGCUUCGUUGGCUUCCUUGAACCCUCAGCUGGUGGCCACGGUGGCACAGGCGACUACCGGGCCCGGAAUUGUGACCGAGUCGCCGCCUUCGUCCUCCAGCUCGUCAUCGUUCAUGAUGAUGGACUGCGGAGUGAGCAGCAGCAGUGGUGGCGGCGGUGGCGGCGGGGUUGGUGAGAGGAAGCAGCAGGUUCCGGUGGUGGCUGCGGCCACGACGACGGUGAGCAGUUCCGGCGAGGAAGGUAAGAUCGACUGUGACGAGGACAUUACGGAUCUGAACGUGAUUGGUAGCUGUACCAGUAUGGCGACGACGGAAUCUUCCGAGGCCGCGAUGGAAGAGGUCAUCAAGACCACGCGGGCACUCGACUCGGAGUCGGAACUGCUCGAUAGUCGGAGCAGCAGUGUCGUUAGCAAUUGCCACCGGCUUAGCAGCAGUGGCAGUGUGGGAAAUGUUAGCGAGAACAAUAACAGCGCAGAGGGAAGUGGCUCGUUGUGUCCGCUGUCAGCGAACGGGGCUGCCAGUGCCAGUUCGUCUCAGUUUAUGGCGACAAACAUUGAAAUUGCCGAAACAUGAGCAGGGCGAUGUUUUGCGACACACAAGCUUACACACGCUUAGGGGAACCAGUUGCGCUGGUUUCGUUUUCUCUUAUUUGUCUUUGUGAAUAUAGAACAGCACUAGUGGUUAAGCUUUAGGAUAGUUUUAGAGAACGGAGGUCAUGUCAAGUUGGUUAGAAUUGCUGGGUACGACAAUGAUGCACGUUUGUAGAUAAAAAUCAAACCAAGAUUUAGAAAAACUUUCAUCUAUAGUAGAGUUGCACAUUGCCCACAUUAAACCCCCCUCCGUAAACCAAAAGAUACAAGUUUAACGAUCGUUCCGGAACUGCGUCGCUUGUAGUGUUUGAAACCGCAAACACAAAUUUGACGACGCGAUCCGAUGUUGUUACAAAACUAAAUAAUGAGUUCAGAAUUCGCGCAAACACACAUAUCUAAUCACUCACCCUCUCACGAAAAAAAAAAUGAGAGACAAGUUUAAGCCCGUGUUUGUUACUGUGUAAAACGUGUUCAAGAUUUUUUCCCCCCAAAACAAACAAGCAAACUAUCAGCGCAGCGUUCGAGUUUUACAGAGUGCUGUUGCACUGAUUUUCACUGUUUUGUCUGGAGAGCACAUUCGAAGCAAAAUACAUAAAUUUCAUGAUAAUAUACCAAAAAUAGCCGAGACGAGUUAGUAAUCAUACAACAGAGCAUGGCAAAGCUGAGAAGAAAAUCUAGCAAAGUAGUAGAAAAGUACCAACCAAUAGAGAAGCAAUAAUCAAUAAACCUCCCUGUCGCGGGGACUCACGAUUAUUUCAUGAGCUUUGUUUGCGUUUAGCAUUUUUCUUUUUGUGUCUGUGUACGUGGUGUUAAUCCGCUAUAACGCUAAUUUCUCUUCCUUUUUUUACACGAAUUUUUUUUAAACACUUACACACGAAUUAUACUGGAGUAUCGUUCUUUCUUAUGAAUAUCUGUAUGAAUUUAAUCCAAUCAUGCGAUUAGCGUUAGUUUAAAAACAGUAAAACAAGUGAUAAUAAACUAAAAAAAA